ACGGCACCGUGCACUCUGACCCGUGUUUGCACGCACAAGGUCGCCUCUGCUGUUUGCUCGUCUCUUUCGACUCUCUCUGUGAGUGUGGUCUGUCUCGACAUGGCUCUGCGGCUGAGACUGCUAGCUAGACAGCUCCGCGUGGGGCGCGCAGCCAUGUCCUCCAACACUGACUCUGCAGGGAGCGUGAGAGCUGCUGGCGGGUCUUUCAGUAAGAAGGAACAGGCCCAAGAAGAUCAGUACUUCCACAACCUGGAGCUGGAGAAGCUGCGGAAACUGAGGGAAGAGACGGAACAUCAUCAUCAGGAAGAGAUUGACCAUCACAAGGAGUCAAUAGAAGACCUGGAGGAGCAGAUUCGAAGACACAAGAGAAAGAUUGAACGGCACAAGAAGAAGUUGCCUGACAGCGACUCUGACAGUGACUAGAGAUGGAACUCUGCAACUGCCCUGUAGCUUGUUUUUCUCUCAGUGUCUAGAGCAUAAUGUGUAUAGCUUGCUGUUGUAUUAAAGUGAUCACUGAGAGUAAUGUAUGUAAUGUAGUUUUGUUUAUCAUGGUGCUGUGAUGUCG